AUGGCUGAAGUCGUUGUGCCUCAGUUGUCCUUGUCGCCUCUGGGUCCUUCAGGCAAUCGAGACAGUCUCGACUCCCCUCCGCCGAGGAUGAAUCAUGUCGAGUCCACCUCUUCAAACGAUGCCUUCAUCUUUCAGCCCCUCUCCGGUCUCUCUCCUCUCCCUCAUGUCCUUGGCCACAGGCAGACAACCUCAAGCGUCGGCAUUACCUCACAUAGGCGUAAGCCAAGCAACCUAUCUCUGAGCACUUUAGCGCCAUUCGAAUUUGGCACGACAACAAAAGAAUCCCUGACCAGGCCAUUGCCCAGCCCUACGCGCUCUCCAGCAAGACUGACGCCACCUGGCAACCACGUAAGUGGUCAUAAAAGGGGUGGUAGCGAGUUUGUUGGAGGAGACAUUACUCAUGGCGGUCCGGUCCUUGUUACUAAAAAUCUUCCGCAGGACGAAGACAGCGGAGCUUUACCGUCCAGCCCAAACAAGGGAUCUCUUCCUACCGGUCGAGGUCGGCAUUCUCAUCGCCGCUCCGGCGCCGUGUCACAGGGUGACAUCAGAAUGAUAAUGCAGCCCUCGAAGGAGCAGAAAGCCGAUAGUGCUCCACAAACACCGGCACUAAGUCGUCCACACCAACCACCAGGUCCAGAAAGAUCAAGCUCAUUACCUUCACAAGCAGGUGAAAGUAACGGCAGAUCAGCUACUCCACCUCGAACGCUUCAACCUGAAGCAGGUCAAAGUCGAACUCGUGUUGGCUUUUCAGAUGCUGUAGACUUCAUCUCCCGCCCAUUAUCUACAAUCUCCUCGGAAACAUCGAGCAGCAUGUCAACCGUGAGAGCGCAUCAUUCCUUUUCCGAAAGUGUGGAACACCAAGGAAAUAGAGGAGCGUCGAGCCCACCCUCUUACAUUUCGAGCGGCUCAAGUGAGACAUAUAGCAGCCGUGAAGAACGUUCAGCUACAGAUGCAGUGUUGAGAUCACACGACGACAGCGAUGAAGGCCUUGGUGAUGAGCGUGGAUCUCAAAGAUUGCAUGCCUUCAACAAAGAUCUUCCGAUAACAUCUCAUGCGCAUAACCAAAGGCACCAAGGGCUUGAUUUAUGUACAACAGAGGUUUCAGUGCAAGCGGAUGCAUUUGAUGGGAGGCCAUCGAAUCCUUGGGAUAACAUCUCUACGCUACCGUUCGAAGGUCCAUCAAUCGAUUCACUUCGGCCACACUCGAUCUCCGAUCCACAUUUUCCAAGGCCUCGAACAUCUCCAGAGUCGAAAUCGUCGAACAGACAACAGAAGGUUAAAUCUUGGGCAGAUACCAUUCUUCAUAGAAAGGACCGUCAGGCCCCAAAAGAUGCUAUACCUCUCCCUCAUACUUUCAGACCUUCAGCUCUUGAUGAACCCGAAGCCUUUACACUUGACGAUGUGAACUUCGAUGAUGACACAACUCUAGUGAUGAUUGAGGACCUCGACACAAAUUCUUUGGGUCAAGUAAGGCAAAAUUUGAAUGUUUCGAACCUACAAUCCGGACAACUAAGUCCAGUAUCAGAACAAUCGAGUUCCAGUCCUAUGCUCGACCUUGAUGCCGCCCUCGACUCGUUCAGUAGUCCAAAUGAUGACCCUGCGUCUAUUAACUAUUUCAACAGAUCUUCAGUUGGAACGCGGCUUCUACAUAGCAGCGGAGAGACUGGAGGGUUCAUGGGCCCCGGCAUGCAUUAUCAUCGUAGAGCAGACAGUGCUCCUGAAAUAGAAACUCCUGAAAGACCUCGGUUAGGGAUUCCACGGCUUGGGAGCAACUCAAAGAUGGAGGCAGCUAUCGAAGAAGAGGAAGAAGAUGUGGAGCUAGAUGAGAAGCGACGAGGAGAACAGGUGCUAGGUCUCGGUGUCAACGUCGUCGACUGUGAGGCUACAAGUGAGGAGCCACUCCAAAGACGGACAUCAAGCACCUCAGCAGACAAGCGCCGCAACCGACGUACAGCCGUCGACAGUGUGGCUAUCCAUGAUACUGUGGAAAUCGUUGAAGCUGAAGAAGAACCCCGUUACUCCAGUCUUACGAAAUCUUCAGACGAAUCUACUAUCACGCCAACGCUCUCUCCUGACGCCUCUUCAUAUAAUCCUGCAUCAGGACCUUUCGACUCUGCCCUGCCAACGCCAAGCUUGACUUAUGGUACAACGCCUGAAACCCCCUCCGCCGUAUCAUCUGCUGACUACCAUAAAACCUCGUUCGACGUUCAUGAUCCUCGCAUUCACACAGCAAGCUCUUCGGUCACUGGAGUGACCCUAGACUCUUCCAAAAUUACAAGCCAUGGUGCUGUCUCUAUCGAGGAUGUUCCAUCCUUGACUAGUAGUGCUUCUACUAUGCUCAGCGGGCAUCCUGACCGUUUCUCAAGCUCGGGAAAUACCUUCUACUCUACGGACAGAUCUGCGUCUCUUUCAGCAGCCGUGCCCGCCAGAACAAAACUUUACAAUUCUAGCAAACGGUCAAGCUUAGCCAGCCUUUCGAAACUCGUUGGGGGAUCGUAUAACAAGAGUAAACUGAACAUUGCAGAGACAUUGCCUCCAGAUACACCGGAAAGGAAGAGCAAGAAGAAAAACCGCAUCAGCCGCAUGAUGAAAUUUUGGAAGUCGAAAGAAAAGCUUACCCCUGGAUAG